CUUGUCUUUAUUGCUUCAUUCCUCCUCCCACAACCUGAGCCCUCCUUUCCUGUCGAUGUCUGCAUGCUCGAAUACCCUUCGGGCACUCUCUCGGUCUCGCAUACCCACACACAAGACGCUCCUGCCGUUCCUGUACCAGACGGCCACAAUCCAGCAGUUGAAGCACGCCGCCCAGCCCAUUGCACGUCGCAACAUCUCACGCUACAGUCCCAAAGAUGGGCCGGCGCCUACCGAAGACGUCCCUUUCGAAGACAAGGACAGCCUACCGCCCGCGCUCGACGACCUAGAAUCGCCACGCAAAACCACAAUCACUGGCUCCGAGCGCGCUGCCUUCGAAAAACUUUACAGAAAGUUCAACACUCGUGGCAGCCGUCAGAAAGAGAAAGAUCAUGAAGUUGAGAUCGACGCGAUCGCAGAUGAAUACUGGGAGCCGGAUGAGGAGGAAGAUCCCGAGAGCAAUCUGGACAAAAUCUUCGACGAGGCCCUGAAAAAGGGGGCCGCCGUGUCGAGGGAAUGGAAUAGAUCAGGUGCAGAACAACUGAGGAGUAGGAAACCCAGACAAGAUCUGACGACCAUGGCCGAGCAUGUCUUGAAGGGUACCAGCCCACAGGAACUGAAGGUACGCGACUCGCGCGCGAAAGGAAGAGAGGAGGCAAGCGCCUCCGCCAUCAAGCUGAAGAAAGCACGCCUCCUCGAACGCGGGCGCAUAGACGCUCUUCUCACAUCCGCCAAAUCCGACCGCGAGCUCUGGGAAACCCUGCACCGCCAAGUCUUCGACCAGGUGCGCGCGCUGGACCUCGACAGCACCACGCCCAAGAAGCGCGAGACACGGCCUCGGAACUCCAAAGCUGCACAGACACCUGCGUCCACCGACCCAAAGAUCCUCUUCUCCAACUACCCUCACCAUCUCCUCACCGCGCUCACAACGCUACGAACCCACUUCCCCGCCUCUGCGCUCCCCAUGACCCUCCUGCCCACCAUCAAAGCGCUCGGCCGCUCCUCCUACGCCCUCGGCGCCACAACAGCGCUUUAUACACACCUCCUGCGCACCGCCUGGUUGCAGCAAUCCUCAUACCCCCUGAUCGUCAGCCUUCUGACGGACAUGCACAACGGUGCGAUUGAGUUCAGCGCCGACGUGCUGGGCGUGCUGGAUCAGGUGAUCAAGGAGUUCGAAAUGGCGAGGAGCGGACGGCUGGGCAGGGAGAUGCAGAUGGUGUACGGCAUGGAGCAGUUUGGCGAGGGGAUACGGGAGGUGCGGAGGUGGCGGGCGAUUGUGGCGGAGAGGGUGGGUGUCGAGGACGGGAAGAGGGAGAAGGGCACUGUUCCUGUGCCGAGGAGGCGGAGAGCGGAGAUCGAUAAGGCAGAGCAUGUGCCGCUCGUUGAGGGUUCGAAUGGGGCGGCAGAAUCCGCGCAGGAGCAAGUGCAAGGUGAACAGGCACAGCCUGCAGAGGCACCUGAACCCGUUAUACUAGUGCAUGAUGUUGAUGCCGGUGUCGACUUUGGGUUUCUAGGAGAGGAGAGCGCCGAGGAAGUGCCUCGAACGGAAGAGGCCAACGGCGAGCCCAGCGCCCAAGUCGGCGAAUCGCAAGAGCAGCCAGACGCCCAAGCAAGGGAGAAACUGGACGAUGAGGUCAAAGACAACCUCAAGGAAGAGCAGGACAAAACGGCCGACGAGUCGGAAGCAACAGCGAAGACCUCAAGCGGCGAGCCCGUGCCGUGGACGCCAUCGUAAGCGCACUUGUACAAUACGUAACAACAAUGUAGAUAUGUAGACAUGACAGCAGUGACUCGAGUAGUGACUGCGAAUUCAGCAACGACCAAUAAUUAAUCACAUCCAAAACCGAA